GCCUUAAUGGGCUUUGACCAUCGUCAAAUAACGUGAACAACAAGAUAUUUUUCCCUUUAUGUAAUUUUUCCUCAUUCUUAAUUUCGUAUUCAAGGGUUAUUUUCUUAAAACCCUAAAAAUUUACUUGUAGAUCAAAAUCGAAAAUCGAUGGGAACUCCAGAAUCAUCGAGAGAGCCAUGUCCGGAUCGUAUCCUCGAUGAUUUGGGAAGUGCGUUUGGGAUGGGUGCUGUUGGUGGAUCAGCGUUUCACCUAAUCAAAGGAAUCUACAACUCACCCGCCGGAGCUCGUCUCUCCGGCGGCGUUCAAGCUAUAAGAAUGAACGGGCCGCUAGUGGGAGGAAGCUUCGCCGUGUGGGGUGGUCUUUUCUCAACCUUUGAUUGCGCUAUGGUGUACGCAAGACAAAAGGAAGAUCCAUGGAACUCGAUCUUAUCUGGUGCAGCCACUGGAGGAUUCCUCUCGUUACGUCAAGGCUUAGGCGCGUCUUCUAGAUCUGCUUUAGUCGGAGGUGUGUUUUUGGCUCUCAUAGAAGGAGCUGGUAUCAUGUUGAACAAAGUUCAGAGUGCUAUGCAGAACGAGCAGUUCAUGGAGGAACAUGCAGCUUCUUCGUUACCUUAUGGUGUGAAUAUGGGUCAGAUAUUUGGUCAGCCCGUACCGGUACUGGAGACUUCUUCUGCUUCUGGUUCGGAAGCUGGUUCGGAGGCUAGUUCGGGAUCUUGGUUUGGAAGUUUGUUUAAGAAGAAGAAGGAAACAGAGGAUCAUCAUUCAGAGAGCAAAACUCACAUUUUGGAGAGCUUUGAUGCUCCUCCUGUGCCAACUUAUGAGUUUAAGUAAUGGAAAUUUGAGGUCUGGAAUUUUUUUAAGUUUUUUAAAGUUAAAGAGCUUAAUUUCGAGAAUUAUUUGUUCUGCAAUAAGUUUUCUUUUUAAUCUUCUGAAUUAGAGCCUAAUCUCUGUUGUUUGUCGAUUUGGAUAAUAUUAUGCUGUCUGGUUAUAUGUAUAAUCUACCAAUUGUUACAACAUGAUUAGCGUGAA